GAAAAGUGUAUAUUUUUAUUCGGGAUUUUUCUAAGGAUUAAGUGAUUUAACAGACAGCUUUCUAUACUUCUUCAACAGUCAACUUAACCAACAAAAUCAAAGAAUAGAAUAUCUACACAAUGACUCGUUACGGUGCAACUCCAUCAAACCCAGCUCAUUCAGCUUCUGCUCGUGGUGCUUAUAUUCGUGCCUCUUUCAAAAACACCAGAGAAACUGCCCAAGCUAUUAAUGGAUGGCAAUUACAAAAAGCUCAACAAUACUUAAAACAAGUUGUUAACCACGAAAGAGCUAUUCCAUUUCGUCGUUACAAUUCUUCAAUUGGUAGAACUGCCCAAGGUAAAGAAUUUGGUGUCACCAAAGCUAGAUGGCCAGUUAAGUCUGUUAAACAUAUUCAAGAUUUAUUAACUAAUGCCGAAUCAAAUGCUGACGCUAAAGGAUUAGAUACUUCUAAAUUAUAUGUUUCUCACAUUCAAGUCAACCAAGCUCCCAAACAACAUCGUCGUACUUUCCGUGCUCAUGGUAGAAUCAACAAAUAUGAUUCUUCAACUUGUCACAUUGAAUUGAUUUUAACUGAAAAAGAAGAAGAGAUUCCAAAAGCUCCAGAAAAAGCUGUUUCAAGAUUAUCUACCAAACAAAGAGCUACUAAAUUAGCUGCUCAAAAACGUCUUACUGCUGCUUAAAUAUAUAUUUAUGUAUAUAUUUAUGUAUAAUAUUUUUAAAGUUACUUAAUAAAAAAUAUCGGUUCAGUGUACGUUUAAUAGACAUUUAUGUAUCAUAUUCUAAUAAGUGG